AUGGAGACCCCCAAUAACUUGAAGCUGGCGCCCAGCCAGGUCGACGGUGCGAAACCGGCCCCUAGAGAGCUCAUUGAGCCGGACCUUAAGGAGUACUCCGCAAUUCUUCGUAAAGUGGACUGGCACAUUGUCCCCAUCAUGCUCGCGUGUUACUUUCUAGAAUUUCUUGACAAAGUCCUCAUCAAUUACGCAGACGUUAUGGACCUACAAGAGGAUUUAGGCAUGACAGGAGAUCAGUUCAGCUUAAUGGCAACACUCUUUUUCGUCGGUUUCGCAGUGGCCGAAGUACCUCAAGGUUACCUUCUACAGGCAUUUCCUUUGGCAAAGGUACUGGGAUUUAACUUACUAUGCUGGGGAAUCCUCGUCGCUUGCAUGGCCGCGGCCCAGAACUACGGCCAAAUCCUCGCGAUUCGCAUACUGCUCGGCGCCUGCGAAGCUGUCAUUUCGCCUGCAUUGGUUUUAAUUACAUCCACCUGGUACACAAAGCGCUGUGCGGCUCCUCGCUAUGGGAUCUGGUACUGCGGUCUCGGUGCUGGCCAGAUCAUUGGAGGGCUUAUCUCAUUUGCAGCUCAGCAUAGCCCGGAGAAUGGGCUCAGCGGAUGGCGUAUCAUGAUGAUUGCAGUUGGCGUUUUCAACAUUUGUAUCGCACUUGUAGUCAUCAUCUUCCUUCCUUCAACUUUGGACUCGGCCAAAUUCCUCACAUCGACUGAGAAAGAAUCGCUCCGACGCAUGCUUGUUCUCGAUCAAGCAGGUAACGGACUGAAGGUCUUCAAGCGGAAAGGUCUCUGUGAAGUUUUCAUAGAUCUGCAAGUCUGGCUAUUGACUCUCCUUACUGCUCUGACGGUUAUCCCGAGCGGUGUCAUUACGACCUUCUCGGCAAUCUUGGUCAAAGGGUACGGAUAUAAUUCCAAGCAGUCUGCACUACUCAAUAUGCCAUCCGGAAUCGUCAGCAUCAUUGCCACUUGCGGGUCAACAUACGCCGUCCUUAAGAAAACACCACGCUGGAUCAGCAUAAUUAUUGUCUUAGCGCCUGCCCUUAUCGGUGCAGGUCUAAUGUCGUUUCUCCCACAAUCCAACCAAGGCGGAAAAUUGGCCGGAAUUUACCUCCUCAAUACCACCGUUGCCCCAAUGGCGCUCAUUUACUCCUGGGUGGGAGCCAACACUGCUGGAUAUACGAAGAGAAUAGGAGCCAACGCAAUGAUCGCGGUUGGAUUCAGCAUUGCCAAUAUUAUUGGGCCACAGACCUUUCAAGCCAAGGAUGCGCCGCAGUAUACCCCGGCCACAAUCACUCUAUUUGCCGUCCUCGGGGGCGCAAUGCUUGUCUCCGCCCUCCUCAGGCUACUAUACGCAUACCGCAACGCAUCGACCAGGAGACAUCGACACGAGCAACUUGCAAACGGGGUUGUGGACUCGGCGAUAGUAACGGAAGAUCAAGAGGAUCUCACGGACCUAGCGAAUCCGGCGUUCAUCUACGUGUACUAA